UGACAACUUGCAGCUUUUAUUCAACAUCCGUGUGCCCCUUGUCACAGUAUAACAUUUUCCUUCUAAUUAGUGAAAAAAAUCGGAACUUUUACUUAGAACUGCAAAAUUCCAGCACCAUGAAGCCAGGAGAGGAAGCAGAAGAAAUGUCUGGAGUCACAGUCAAUCGUUUUGCUGAAGCUCAACUGUGAAGAAUCUGCAAAGACGUCAAGUGUGCAUUGCUCGUUUGGACAAGCCUCAGAACUGGGGAGUCAACUGUGCCGAAGCUCGCUAUGUUAUUCUUAUCCUCGCCCCACCUCGAACGAAAAGCACCAAAACAGCUAUUGAACUUGGCCGAACAUUUGCCACAAUGUUCUCUGACAUUUCCUUCAGAGAGAAGCUUUUAGAUCCAAGGACCCAGGACGAGUUCAAGCAAGAGCUUGUGAGCCAACGACGCCAGCUCUCUGAAGUCAAUGCAAAUACCAUUGUGGAAGAGGUGGAAGAGUCUGAUCCACGGAGAGGAAAACCGCUUGAGUGCAGAGACUUCUUCAAAGCUGGCAGAGGCGUAUAUAAUGACCUCCGCCGCAGACUGCCCUUAUACCCCUCAGACUUCACAGAUGGCAUAACUGGGAAGGACCGUUGUCUAGUGAAGUACAUCACCACGGCAAUUUUCCUCUACAUUGCCAUUCUGCUGCCUGCUAUUGCCUUUGGCUCACUGAACGAUGAAAGCACCAGAGGAGAAAUAGAUGUUCAGAAAACUAUUGUUGGCCAAAGCAUUGGAGGAGUAAUCUAUUCCCUGUUUGCUGGUUCACCACUCGUCAUCCCUCUGACCACCGCACCAUUGGCUAUCUUCAUAAGCAUUAUCAGAGGGAUCUGCGAUGACUACAAUCUUGACUUUGAGGCUUUUUAUGCCUGCAUUGGUUUAUGGAACUGUUUCUUUCUCGUCCUUGGAGGUUUAUUUAAUGUCAGCCUGUUGAUGAAACUCUUCAAACGCUCCACAGAAGAAGUCAUUGCCUUGUUCAUCUCCAUAGCGUUUGUUGGAGAUGCAAUUAAAGGCACCAUCAAAAUUUUUGAUCACUACUUCCAUGGGCCCAUACUGGCAACCACAAACAGCUCUGCAGUCCUGCAGCAGAUUAAUGAGAUUCUGGAGAAGGCUAAUAACCAGACGCCACAUCUCACGGAGCAUCAUAAAGGGGACAUGUCACAAUUCGAACAAGCCGAAACUCAAGUGUUGGUCUUUCUGCCGGAAACGUUGGUCAUCUGCACUAGAGAAAGGCCAAUUCUCUGUCUGCUGCUCAUGCUGGGGACUCUGUGGCUGGGUUAUGCCCUCUACCUAAUGAAGAGGAGCCCAUACUUGAAUGACAAAAUCAGAGAGGUGGUGUCUGACUGUGCUUUACCCAUCUCUGUGAUGAUAUUCUCCUUCAUUGGCUCUUACCUGUUCAUUGACAUACAGCUCCCUGUAUUUAACGUCCAUGAUGGUCCGGUCUUCAAGUACCCUGAGUUUGAAAAGCUGUCGGGAAUGGCUGUGCUGAGUGCGGUCGGGCUUGGUUUUCUCCUUGCACUGCUGAUCUUUAUCGACCAGAACAUUGUCAUUUCACUCACUCAUGUCCCAGAACACAAGUUGCUAAAAGGCACAACGUUCCACUGGGACUUAGUGCUGACUGGCUUCAUCAACAUCCUCAUGUCCUGUCUGGGGUUGCCAUGGAUGCACGCUGCCUUCCCACAUUCCUCCCUGCAUGCCCGUCAGCUCGCCAAAGUGGAACACCACUUAGAGAAUGGACAUCUCCACUCAACCAUUGUCAGCGUAAAGGAGACUCGCGUAACCUCUCUGGUGGCAAAUAUCCUGAUCGGCCUGUCUGCGUUCAUGCUGCCCAUUCCGCUGCAGUGGAUCCCAAAGCCUGUCCUGUACGGCCUCUUCCUGUAUGUGGCGGCCACUUCGCUUGAUGGAAACCAGAUGGUUGACCGCAUGACCCUGUUGCUGAAGGAACAGACUUCAUAUCCGCCCACCCAUUACAUCCGCCGUGUGCCACAGAGGAAAGUGCACUACUUCACUGCGCUGCAGAUGCUCCAGCUCAUCAUUCUGUGUGCUUUUGGCAUGUACCCCCUGCCCUACAUGAAGAUGGUCUUUCCCCUUCUGAUGAUCCUGCUGGUCCCUGUCAGAACUGGUCUGCUCCCUAGACUGAUCGAUGCCAAAUACCUGGACAUCAUGGACUCCCAGUACAUAUAAAAGGACUAAAGAUGUUAAAGGGAAGGGAAUAGAAACACAUUAUUAAUGCAAUGUUUUUGGACUACAAGAUUUUACUAAAAGCACAUUCUGAUGACUGCAAAAAUAUGCUUCUUCAUUUAUCCUUAUGGAUUCAUACCUGUAACUGGAUUUUUUUUUUAAUUACUACAGUCCUGCAUCUUUUUUAUUAACACCGGUAGUUUGAGAUCACAUAAACAUGCAGAUGAGUCUGACUCAGGCUGUCCAACAGGCAGACAGCUGUCUGUGUCACUAAAAGUUUAGUGUACAGGCAUAAAACGAACAACAUAAAACAACAUGGUUGAAAUAAAGAUGGUCCACCAAA